CCAAGACCGAGAUUUGCAAACUUCAUUGCGCAGGACUGAACACCUUUAUCAAUGGUAAAUGCUGAGAAAGUCAUUAUAAUACAUAAUAAUAAUUGUACAUUGAUAUUGAGGCACUCGUGAAAGACAGGGUUGUUUUUCCAGAGAUUCGUGGACGGCAAUACAUAGUGAAGCAGGACAAUGGAAGUGGGCAGGCAACUGUUGGUGAAGAUGAGGAUGAAGAGGAAGGGCGAGUUCACCUCAGUUCCUGUAAUGGUGCAGGGCCUCGAGGUCCAUCUCUACCUGGAAGACUCUCCCCAGCUGGAGUUUCUCCGGGGUUGUUACACUGCUGAGGAGCUGUGCACAAAGGCAGCCAAGAAGUGCGGCAUUUCCCCUCUUUGCUGCAAUUUGUUUGCCCUGUAUGAUGAUGUCAGGAACAUCUGGUUCCCUCCGAAUCACACCUUCAAGGAAAGCAGCCGCUUAAAGCUCCACUAUCGCAUGAGGUUCUACUUCACCAACUGGCAUGGUGCGAAUGAGAGUGUGCCACGUGUUUGCAGACACACCCUCAAGAGUAAGAACAGCAAUGAACCAGAGGGUAACCCCCUCCUUGACACUGCCUCACUGAAGUAUCUGUUUGCCCAGGGUCAGCAUGACUUCCUGAAGGGGUGGGCCACACUGGGUAACCCUCAGAAUGAAGAGGAGGUCCACUAUAUUGAGAAUGAGUGCCUGGGGAUGGCAGUGUUGUCUAUCUCACACCAUGCCCUGGACAACAACAUCGUCAUCCCUGGUGUAGCAGGGCAAAUCAGCUAUAAGAAAUAUAUCCCAGAUAGAGUGAACCAAAUCAUCAAGCAGCGCAACUUCCUGACCCGACUCCGUAUCUCCCGGGUGUUCCAGGACUUCCUCAGCGAGUUCAACAACAACACAGUGCAGAGUGACAACGUCAGCACGCACGACAUCAAGGUCAAAUACCUAGCUACAUUGGAAACUCUGACCUGUGGGUUCGGCUGUGAGGAGUAUGAGCCCAAAGUGCUCCGUGUGACGGACAGCGAAGGGGAGAUCCAAGGAACACCCACUUCCUGUAACCAGGGUCAGCCCACCCAGUACCAAGUCCUUGUGUCUGGAAAUACAGGGAUCAAGUGGCGGAGGAAGCUACAGAAUGUGACAAAUGCAUGGACUGCCAAAGAGAAGAAAAAAUCCCUGAAGCACAAAACCAACAUAAACCUGACGAACAAACCACCUCAAGGCGUUUCGAACGACUGGAAAACCUUCUCCGAUUUCCAUGAGAUCACACACAUCAACAUCAAGGGCUCCGCAGUCACUGUCCACAAGCAGGACAACAAAAAUAUGGAACUGGGCCUGGGUUGCCAUGCAGAGGCGUUGUCUUUUGCCGCCCUUAUUGAUGGAUACUUCCGUCUGACGGUGGACGCACAUCACUUCCUGUGUACAGACGUGGCCCCUCCCUCUGUGGUGCGGAACCUGCAGGAAGGCUGUCAUGGGCCAAUCAGCAUGGACUACACCUCCCACAAGCUGCGUCAGGAGGGCGAUGAGGAGGGCAUGUACGUCUUGCGCUGGAGCUGCAUCAACUAUGACCACAUCCUCCUGACUGUCACAGGCAACGAGGUGGACCUGACCAAUAGUCGUCCGUACCGUAGCUUUAAGAUUGAGGUGGGCCCGGAGGGCUACAGCCUGAAUGGUACGGACCUGAGGCAGCCCUCCCUCAGGGAGCUGACGGAACAGCUGAUUGGCCAGACUCUCAGUACAGACAGAGGCUUCUUCCAGCUCCGCAAGGCCUGCCCUCCCCAGCCCAGAGAAAUCUCUAACCUUCUGUUCGUGACAAAGAGAGAGGUGGAGCCGACACACCCCAUACAGAGUCAACUCAUCUUCCACAGGAUCCUCAAAGAGGACAUUUUGCAGGAGGAGCACUUGGGCUCUGGCACCAGAACUAACAUCUAUGCUGGCAAACUGAAGAUAAAGUGUGAGGAAGAGAAGGAUGUAUGGGGUUCCCAAACCCACCACCAGGUCAAAGUGGUCCUGAAAAUGCUGCGGUCCCAACACAGGGACAUAUCUAUGGCUUUCUUUGAGACGGUCAGUAUGAUGCGUCAGGUGUCCCACCAACACAUCGCUCUGCUGCAUGGCGUCUGUGUUCGCAACCAGGACAAUAUCAUUGUGGAGGAGCAUGUGAAGCUGGGUCCUCUGGAUGUGUUCAUGAAGGGGUGUCGUCUUCAACUCAGCACUUCCUGGAAAUUCCAGGUGGCCAAACAACUGGCCAGCGUCCUCAGCUACCUGGAGGAUAAGAAGCUGGUCCAUGGUUAUGUGUCUGCUAAAAACAUCCUAGUGGAGCGGGAUGGCCUGGAGGGAGAGACUGGGCCCUUCAUCAAACUCAGUAACCCUGGGGUCCCCAUCUCCGCACUCAACAGACAAGAGUGUGUGGAGAGGAUCCCGUGGAUCGCCCCAGAGUGUGUGAGGGACAGCCAGGUCCUGAGUGUUGCGGUGGAUAAGUGGGGCUUCGGCACCACGCUGUGGGAGAUCUGCUAUGAUGGAGAGGCUCCUCUCAAAGACAAGAAACUCAUAGAGAAGGAGGUGUUCUACUCGGCCCAGUGUUCCCUGGUGACCCCAGCCUGCCCUCAGCUGGGUGAGCUCAUCACCAAAUGCAUGACCUACGACCCCAAGAGGAGGCCCUUCUUCAGGGCCAUAGUCAGGGACCUCACCGGGGUGGCUGAGCAGAACCCAGCUCUGCCUCCUGGUAGGGUGCCCAUCCAGGAAGUGGACCCCACCGUGUUUGAAACCAGGUUCCUCAGGAAAAUCAAAGACCUGGGUGAGGGCCACUUUGGCAAGGUGGAGUUGUGUCAGUAUGACCCCUGUGGGGACGGUCGAGGGCAGCUUGUGGCGGUCAAGUCUCUGAAGCCAGAGAGCAGAGGUCAGCUGUGGAGAGAGAUAGACACCAUGAGAGAACUCUACCACCACAACAUUGUCAAAUACAGAGGAGUGUGUAGCGAGGAUGGUGGGAGAACCACUAAGCUGAUCAUGGAGUACCUGCCAGCGGGGAGCCUGAAGGACUACCUGCCCUGGAGGAAACACCAGACUGACCUCAGGAGACUCCUCCACUACGCCCUCCAGAUCUGCCAGGGAAUGGAUUACUUGGGAUCCCAGCGGUUCAUCCACCGGGAUCUGGCAGCUCGGAACGUUCUGGUGGAGAACGAGAGCACGGUGAAGAUCGGAGACUUUGGCCUGACCAAGAGCAUGAAGGAGGACAAGAGUUACUACACUGUCAGAGAGGAGACAGACAGCCCUGUGUUCUGGUACGCUCCCGAGUGCCUGGUGGACUGUAAGUUUUACCCUGCGUCUGACGUGUGGUCCUUCGGAGUGACCCUCUAUGAGUUGUUGACCUACUGUGAGACAAGCAGCAGUCCUACCACGGUAUUCUUGGAGAUGCUUCGUCCAAUCCAGGGUCAGAUGAAUAUCACCCAAUUGGUGGAAGUGCUGAUGGCCGGCAGGAGGCUGCCCUGUCCACCUCACUGCCCGGAUGCGGUAUACUCUCUGAUGAGGAGGUGUUGGGAGAGUUCCCCGGAGAACAGGAUUCUGUUCAAAGACCUGAUCACAGAGCUGGAGCUGCUGCUGGAUGAGAGGCACGGAGGAGAUGGACUGGCUGUCUGACCUGACGAAGCUGCAGCUGGACGAGAGGCACGGAGGAGAUGGACUGGCUGUCUGACCUGACGAAGCUGCAGCUGGACGAGAGGCACGGAGGAGAUGGACUGACUGUCUGACCUGACGAAGCUGAAGCUGCUGCUGGAUGAGAGGCACGGAGGAGAUGGACUGACUGUCUGACCUGACGAAGCUGGAGCUGCUGCUGGAUGAGAGGCACGGAGGAGAUGGACUGGCUGUCUGAC